UCCGAUCCUGUUUCUUCUGUUUGUCUAAGAGAGGUCAUUAUUUUGUUUAGGAUGAAUGUCAAAAUAUAGCUUACAUGUAUGGACUAGUUUCAAGCAGCCGCACAUAGUCAAAUGAUUGAUGAGUCUAGCUUGAUUGCUUAACCCUGGCUACAGACGUUAUGCUAUCGAUUGCUUCUGGCUGAAGUACAUUGAAUGAAGAUGGCGGCUACUCCGGCAACGAACCCAUCGCAGUUGCUACCACUUGAGCUUGUGGACAAAUGUAUCGGCUCCAGAAUUCACAUCGUCAUGAAGACGGACAAAGAAAUUGUCGGGACCUUGUUGGGGUUCGAUGACUUUGUCAACAUGGUUCUGGAAGAUGUGACUGAAUUUGAAAUCACACCAGAGGGGAGGAGGAUAACCAAACUGGACCAGAUCCUCCUAAAUGGCAAUAACAUCACCAUGCUCAUUCCUGGAGGAGAAGGCCCUGAAGUAUGAGAAUCAUCGCUAAAAGAGCAUAAACAUUUGUGUUUGAAUACAGACCUUUUCCUCUGCUGCUCUCCUUAA